GGGCAAUUGUCAAUUAAUGAUUAAUCGGAGCGCCGGGCCCAGGGAACAUUCAGGCAGGAGCAAGCUGACCCCAUGGCGCAACCGGCAGAAACUUCGCCUCGCAUCAUGAUGCGCCGAUUCUGGGAAGAACACUCCCAGAACUCCUCGCUGCAGGAAAUGAUGCUGGACUCAGGGGCGCAGCAGCUCACCCAGGAGGACACCCCAGAGAUCCUUGCCCUCUUGCCUUGCCUGGAAGGACAAGACAUCUUGGAACUGGGAGCUGGUAUAGGGCGGUUCACGGGGCCUCUGGCGAAGCUUGCGCACCGUGUCACAGCCGUGGAUUUCAUGGAGAGCUUCCUGGCACGCAACCAGCAGGAGAACGGGCACCACCCAAAUGUGGCGUUUCUACAGGCCGACGUAACCACCCUCCAGUUGCCAAGCCAGAGUUUCGACCUCAUCUUCUCCAACUGGCUUUUCAUGUACCUCUCGGAUACGGAGCUGAGCAACACAGUCCAGCGGAUGCUGCAGUGGCUCCAUCCAGGAGGGCAACUUUUCUUCCGGGAAUCCUGUUUCUGUCAGUCAGGAGACAGCCCAAGGACCUUCAACCCCACCCUGUAUCGAACGCCAGCAGAAUACAAUCGCCUCCUCACUUCAGCCCAUCAGACUUUCGGAGAGGAGCUCUACGGAUUUGAGAUAGUCAUGUCUCGAUCUGUGCAAACAUACAUAAAGAGGAAGCAAAAUUGCAAUCAGGUUUGCUGGCUUCUCCAGAAAGUCCUCCGAAACCCUGAGGCCACACGGGGAUAUGUUACCUUCCAGAGGUUCCUAGACAGCGAGCAGUAUGCCACCCGCAGCAUCCAUCGCUACGAGUGGAUUUUUGGGCCUGGAUUUGUCAGCACCGGAGGCCUCAGUACCACCAAGGAGCUUGUGCGUAUGCUGGCUUUGAAGCCGGGUCAGCGCGUCCUGGAUGUUGGCUGUGGACUUGGAGGCAGCGAUUUCUACAUGGCUAAGGAGUUUGGUGUAGAAGUCCUGGGCAUGGAUCUUUCCCACAACAUGGUGGAGCUGGCUUUGGAGCGAGCGCAAAAGGAAACCGGAUCCCUGGUGCAGUUUGAAAUUGGCAACGCCACCCGAAGGAUUUUCCCAGAGAGCUCCUUUGAUGUUGUUUACAGCCGGGACACCAUCCUGCAUGUGGCGGACAAGAGUGCUCUCUUUGCGAGGUUUUUGUCAUGGCUGAAGCCGGGUGGACAGCUCCUCAUCUCUGAUUAUUGCUGUGGGCCACGCCCGUGGUCGAACGCUUUCACCAAGUACGUCAAGCAGAGGGGUUACAACCUGCUCACGCCCCAGGAAUACAGCCAGGCACUGGAGGAGGCAGGAUUCAAGCAUCUCCAGGCUUUGGACCACACAGAACGGAUGUUGUCAGCCUUGACUGAAGAGCUGCAAACCCUCGAGAGAAGUCGGGAGCAGUUUGUUCAGGAGUUCUCAGAGGACGAAUUUGAGUCCAUGGCCUCCGGAUGGCGCGAGAAAGUGCAGCGCUGUGCAGAUGGAGACCAGCGCUGGGGGGUCUUCUAUGCUCUGAAGCCACAGCAGGCCCUGUGAUAGCCUGGGUCAGUGGACUCUGGUCCAGAUCCAGACGUUGUCUAGCCCAUCUAGCUUGUAAUAGCAUUUACUUGCAUUUCAUUUCUGCUGCUCCCUGGUCAGGUUUCAAGUCUGGAUCCCUUCCCUUCAGUACACGGGUUUGGAAGGAACGUCGCUUUCCAGUCUGGGUUCUGCUGGCCUUUCAGCCAGUCAGAUUAUUUGGCUUUGUGUUAUUCCAGGUCUGGCUGGAAGAGCGGAAGGCGUUGCUUUUCUCUUUCUGCCUCUCUUUCGCUCACUGAAAUGUGUGUGGAAAUUAGGAACAUGCAAGAUUCCCAGCACCGUCGCUCCCCCUUGCAUUUCUCUUCCAUGCAUUUUGGUAAUUAAAGACUUCUUUCGUUUU